ACAAGUAUAAAUUGGCACCCCAAAAUCUGGUCCUAGACAACAUAGAAUUUCUUGUUCCACUUUCUCUCUCUAAGUUCUCUUCUUUUUCUUAGUUGGAAGAACCAAACCAAAGCAAUAAUGGGUGUUCUUGAUUACAUUUCAGAAUUUUUCUCAGUGUCCCCAACCACCGGAAAGAAACGCAAACCAAUGCAGACCGUGGAAAUCAAAGUGAAAAUGGACUGUGAUGGCUGUGAAAGAAGAGUUAGGAAUUCCGUUAUUCACAUGAAAGGUGUGAAGCAAGUAGAGGUGAAUAGAAAGCAAAGCAAAGUAACUGUGACAGGUUACGUGGAGAGAAAUAGGGUGUUGAAGAGAGUGCAGAGCACAGGAAAGAGAGCAGAUUUUUGGCCAUAUAUUCCUUACAACUUGGUGGCUUAUCCUUAUGUGGCACAGGCAUAUGACAAGAAGGCACCAUCAGGUUAUGUCAAAAACACACCUCAAGCACUACCUGCUCCAAACUCACUCGAUGAUAAACUCACCUCUCUCUUCAGUGAUGAAAACCCCAAUGCAUGUUCCAUCAUGUAAUGAUAUGUAAUGUACCACAUGGUUUAAUAAUCUUUGUCUUUGCACAUGAAUCAAUUUUGGGGACUAAUGUUGUCAUAACAACAUUUAAUUUUGAAACCGUUUUCUGUGUGUUUAAACGACUAGGCACCAAGUUUUGAUGUCGAGAUAAAAGAAUGUGAGAGGAUUUUAUUUAUUUCUUCAUCGUUAUAACUUAUUAUUAAGCAUUAUACAG